GGGCUGGUGUCAUCGAUCGCCCGAACAGGAAAAGGCGCGGGUCUCUUUGACCUUUGGAAAGUCCGGAAUGUGAGAGCUUCUGCUGCUUCUGCUGCCUUGUCCAGAGCAUCGUGCUCGUCCGUCACAAUGAAGUUCUUCAUUGAUGACCUGCCCGUCCUCUUCCCGUACCCACGUAUAUAUCCCGAGCAAUAUGCCUACAUGUGCGACCUCAAAAAGACCCUCGAUGCCGGGGGCAACUGUGUCCUCGAGAUGCCUUCGGGUACCGGGAAAACAGUAUCGCUUCUGUCGUUAAUUAUCGCCUACCAGCUACAUUAUCCGGAACACCGCAAACUCAUCUACUGCUCUCGUACAAUGUCGGAGAUCGAAAAGGCGUUGGCCGAGCUGAAGGCGUUGAUGAAGUUUCGGACGGACCAGCUUGGAUACACGGAGGACUUCCGGGCGCUCGGUCUGACCAGUCGAAAGAAUUUGUGUCUGCAUCCGUCCGUCAAAAGGGAGAAAAGCGGCACAGUCGUCGAUGCGAGGUGUCGGAGCUUAACGGCGGGAUUUGUCAAGGAAAAGAAAGAGCGCGGUGAGGAUGUCGAGCUGUGCACGUAUCAUGAGGUAUGGAUAAGGAGGUCGCGCUCCUUAGAACCUAAACUGAUGCGUCAAAUAGAACCUGGAUCUACUCGAACCGCAUAACCUCAUCCCUCCCGGCGUUUUCACUCUCGACGGUCUACUCAAAUACGGCGAGGAGCACAAGCAAUGUCCCUACUUUUCGGCACGACGGAUGGUGAAUACCCUCGAGCCUUACAGUUUUUGAAACUCCGGUCAUACUAACCUGCUUCACAUAGAUGCCAUUUUGCAACGUCAUAAUCUACUCAUACCACUACCUAUUGGAUCCGAAAAUUGCGGAGCGGGUAUCGAAAGAAUUCUCAAAAGACUGUAUAGUGGUCUUUGACGAAGCACACAAUAUCGACAACGUAUGCAUUGAAUCCCUCAGUAUCGACAUCACGGAAGAUUCGUUGCGCAAGGCCACAAGGGGAGCAAAUAACUUGGAACGGAAAAUCCACGAGAUGAAGAGUUCGGAUGCCGAGAAGUUGCAGAACGAAUAUUCCAAGCUUGUUGAAGGAUUAAGGGAGGCAGAACAGGCGCGAGAAGAGGAGCAGUUCAUUUCGAACCCCGUCCUUCCGGAUGACCUGCUGAAGGAGGCCGUGCCGGGCAACAUCCGUCGUGCAGAGCAUUUUGUCACCUUCCUCAAACGAUUCAUCGAAUACCUCAAGACCCGAAUGAAAGUCACCCAUACCAUUUCCGAAACGCCCCCUUCGUUCUUGACCCACGUAAAGGACUUGACAUUUAUCGAACGAAAACCCCUUCGUUUCUGCGCCGAACGACUCACGUCCCUCGUGCGAACGCUAGAACUUAUUAAUAUAGAAGACUACCAGCCCCUUCAAGAGGUGGCGACAUUCGCGACUCUGGUCGCAACUUACGACAAAGGAUUCCUUCUAAUUCUUGAGCCGUUCGAGUCCGAGGCGGCCACCGUGCCGAACCCCAUCCUACACUUCACCUGCCUUGAUGCUGCGAUUGCCAUCAAACCCGUCUUUGACAGAUUCAGCUCCGUUAUCAUCACUUCGGGGACUCUGUCGCCCCUGGAGAUGUAUCCAAAGAUGCUGGAUUUCACCACAGUCAUGCAAGAAUCGUACAGUAUGACACUUGCACGUCGGUCUUUCCUCCCCAUGAUUGUGACGCGAGGAUCCGAUCAAGCGCAGGUCUCUUCGGGAUUCCAGAUUCGAAAUGACCCCGGUGUCGUCCGCAACUAUGGAAAUAUUGUCCUCGACUUCGCCCGCAUCACCCCCGAUGGUGUCGUUGUUUUCUUCCCCUCCUAUCUGUACAUGGAGUCCAUCAUCAGCAUGUGGCAAGGCAUGGGUAUCCUGGACUCGAUUUGGAACUACAAAUUAAUCCUGGUCGAAACCCCUGAUGCGCAGGAAUCUUCCCUCGCACUGGAGACGUACCGAACCGCCUGCUGCAACGGACGAGGCGCUAUCCUUUUCUGUGUCGCACGAGGCAAAGUAUCCGAAGGGAUCGAUUUCGACCACCACUACGGGCGCGCCGUGCUGUGCAUCGGCGUUCCCUUCCAGUACACCGAAUCCCGCAUCCUGAAGGCCCGUCUCGAGUUCCUCCGCGAGAAUUACCGCAUCCGCGAAAACGACUUCCUGUCCUUCGACGCCAUGCGUCACGCCGCCCAAUGCCUGGGUCGUGUCCUCCGUGGCAAAGACGAUUACGGAGUCAUGGUCCUCGCCGACAGACGAUUUCAGAAAAAGCGCAACCAACUCCCCAAGUGGAUCAGUCAAGCCAUGUUGGAAAGCGAAACGAAUCUCAGCACCGACAUGGCGGUCGCCACGGCCAAGAACUUUCUGCGCACCAUGGCCCAGCCCUUCAAGGCUAAGGACCAGGAGGGUAUCUCCACGUGGAGCCUCGCUGAUCUGGAAAAGCAUCGCGAGAAGCAAAUGCAGGAAGAAGACCGAGUCCGGCGUGAAGAGCUGGCCAACGGUAAUGGCGCAAACGGCGUCUAUCGUAAUGGCGUGCCUGAUGAUGCGGAUGAAUUUGACGACAAUAUUGACGAAGACCUCAUGAUGCUGGAUGCGCAGUGAAAACACACCAACUUAAUAUUACUAUACUUCCCCUUGUUAAAAUAGAUUUGCUGCUUUUUGGCUAUAUUUUCUGUCUUCUGCGAUUUCUGUAUCUGCUUUUCACUUACUGGAAAUAAGUCCGUCCAACAUGAUGAUACCACGGUGGUUCUAUAUGGUGUUUUAUAUAUAAGAACAUUCUCACUCGAAUAUGAUUCUACUCUACUGAAA